AAACACGGCAACAGCAUCAAGUUCAGGUUCGCUCUCAGGCAGGCUUUCAGCUAACUCCAUCUGCCAUGUCGCUGGUGCGGAGCGGCGGCGGCGUGUUCGACCCGCUGUCGCUGGACUUCUGGGCGUCGGCGGACCCGCUGGGCGUCGUCCGCCCGCUGGCGGAGCAGUGCCCCGUGCUCACCAACGUGUGCGUGGACUGGAAGGAGACCCCCGCCGCGCACGUGCUCAGGGCCAACCUGCCGGGCGUCGGCAAGGACGCCGCCCGGGUAGAGGUGGAGGACGGCGGCGUGCUCGUCAUCAGCGGCGAGCGCGCCAGGGAGGAGCCCCGCGAGGGCGAGGCGUGGCGCCUCGUCGAGCGCAGCAGCGGCAGGUUCCAGCGCCGCUUCCGCCUCCCGCGCGGGGCAAGGCUGGACCAGGUGAGCGCGGCCAUGGAGGACGGCGUGCUCACCGUCACCGUGCCCAAGGAGAAGGCCAAGAAGCCGCAGGUCAAGACUGUCGAGAUCUCGGGCUGAUCCAUGGGUUUUCGUUGGACGGCCAUGAACAAUGAUCGAGUGAGAUGCGAGCGUCUUCUGAUGUUCAUCAACUGCAAGUCUGAAAGUACUACGUCCUGUGUUGUGUC